CAGGCUGGAGGACCCAGUCAAGGUAAAAAGGGUAGCCCCGCCCGCCGUGGGCCCUGUGGCGUGGAGAUAGUGUCUGUCUAGAAGCUCGGCGGCGUCUUUUUCUGAGGCGGGGUGCCGACCGAGGCCCCCAGCAAUGUCGGUGGCCUUUGUACCUGACUGGAUGAGGGGCAAGGCAGAAGUUAAUCAAGAGACUAUCCAGCAGCUGCUGGAGGAGAAUGACCAGCUGAUCCGCUGUAUCGUGGAGUAUCAGAACAAGGGUCGAGCGAACGAGUGUGUCCAGUACCAGCAUGUGUUACAUAGAAAUCAUUAUUUAGCUACCAUCGCAGAUGCCAGCCCAUCCAGUACUUCAAAGCAAUGGAAUGAUCUUUCAGUUGUCAGAAGUAAUUGAAUGUAAUCCAUUUCCUAUAAAAUGGAGACAGGAUCUUACCAGUUCAACUGCUUUAAAACAUGAAACCUCUGUGGUUCUUUGAAAAAUGUGAAAAUGUGAGAAAGCUACUAGCUUAAACUAUAUUCUCAAUGUAAAUAUUUAUUAAUAAUCAGAUCGCCAAAAAGUAGACCCCAGGUGUUCUCUUUUCUAAAAGAGAGUGGUCUGGAUAACAAAGACAUCAUAGGCAUCUCAAGACUACUGUUAGUUUCACCCUGAAGAGGAAACUGAAUAGGUGUUAGAGGGAUCAGCAGGAAUUGCUGAGACUUCUGACUGAGCCUUUACCAAGUGGAUACAGUAUAUGUGUGCUCCCAUCCAGUUUGUAAAUGUGUUCCCCUUGACUGCUCUUCUCAGGUUACUUUGAAUAAGCUUGCUUUUCCACAAAAGAACAACAUGAAGAUAUAGAUGUUUCCAUGUAACAAGUGUUAUAUUUGGUUCCCUCAAAAACUGUAAGGACUUGUAUGUAACAAUAAUACUAUUAUCAUUGCAACAAAAUUCAUAGUGAUUCUUUAGUAUUAUCAAAUAUCAUCUGAUAAUAAAUGAUGUGUAAUUUUCUUCAA